AUGGCUACGAAAGCAAUACACAUUGAGCUGGUUGAAGAUUUAACUACGGAAUCGUUUAUAGCAGCGUUCAAACGAUUUGUGGCACGAAGAGGAAAGGUAAGAAAUAUGUAUUCCGACAACGGCACAAAUUUCGUUGGCGCCAAUCGAGAUUUUCAAGCACUGUAUCAAAGUGAGGAGUUCAAGAGGGACAUUUCGGAAUUCGCAACUGCUGAACAAAUCACUUGGCAUUUUAUACCAGCAAGAUCUCCCCAUUUUGGUGGCUUGUGGGAGUCAGCAGUUCGUUCUAUGAAGCGACAUCUAAAACGAACUGUAGGAGAUGCCUGCCUUACUGUAACGGAAAUGAUCACAGUAUUGACGCAGAUAGAAGCUAUACUAAACUCAAGACCGUUAACGCCGUUAUCAGAUGAUCCAACGGAUUUAAGAGCGUUAACGCCUGGACAUUUUAUAAUUGGAGAAAAUCUCAUGUCGGUUCCUGAAUUUGAUUUACGAGAAAUUAAGAUGAAUAGAUUAUCCAGAUGGCAGUAUGUAGAGCAAAUAAAACAGCACUUCUGGACUAGAUGGAAAAGGGAAUAUCUGUCAACUUGUCAGCAAAGAAGCAAGUAG